AUGGACCCCUCGACCCCCUCCUCCGCCGACGCCUCGCGAAGCAACACUCCCAACCCUGCCGCCUCCUCCACCGCCUCCGCAUUGGACGCCGCGAACUCGCGCUUCACGUCGCAGGCCUCGACCGCUGAGGAUCUGCUCAAAUCGCAAACAGUCGGCCUGGUCCACCUCUCCGACUUCCGCAAGCGCCGCGCCGAAGCGCUCGACCUGAAGGACCGCGAGAGACAAGAACAAGCUCGGGGUGGUUCCACGUCCGGCACGAGCACGCCUGCGGACGGAGGAUCGACGCCGCGGCCCGCAAAGAAGAAGAAGAAGAAUGUGGCGAAGGGAAAGCUGUCGUUUGGGUUAGACGACGAAGAGGAAGAGGGACCGGCGGCCGCGACGCCGCAUGAUGGCACACCUGAUGAGAACGGAGCGUCGGAUAAGGACAAGGAUGCUGCUCCGGUCUCGAAAAAGAAGCUCGGCGCGAACAACAAUGUGUCUUUCAAGCCGAAAGUCAUGACGAAAUCCGCCCUACUGCGGGAGGCGCAACAGAGAGAGCAGUUGCGAAAGGAGUUUUUGAUCAUGCAGGAGUCGGUCAAGGCGACAGACUUUGUUAUCCCGUUCGUCUUCUACGACGGUACCAAUAUUCCGGGUGGGAGGUGCAAGAUCAAGAAGGGCGAGCAUGUCUGGCUGUUCCUAGACAGAGCAAGGAAAGCGGGCGCUGAGCUUGGUGUUGGUGGUGAUAAGAGCAAAAGAGAGUGGGCUCGCGUCGGAGUUGAUGAUCUUAUGCUGGUCCGCGGAGAGAUUAUCAUUCCUCAUCACUAUGAGUUUUACUACUUCAUGGUAAACAAGACGAUUGGCUUCGACGGUCCCAUCUUUGGUCACUCCGCACAGCCCACGUCCGCAACACCCCUCCCAUCCAAAGACGAGGACAUUGAUCCUGCAACAUUCAACCCUUUGGACCGGCAAGAAAAGAAGAAGGACCAGCGUAUUACUGAAGAGGAUGUCUCGCUCGAAGGAUACAACGACGACUCUACACUGACCAAAGUCGUGGAUCGACGUUGGUACGAGCGCAAUAAGCAUAUCUUUCCGGCGAGUAUAUGGGAGGAGUUCGAUCCCAAUAAGGACUACAGCAAGGGCACCAGGAAAGAUGCUCAAGGGAAUUCUUUCUUCUUCAGUUGA